CCUUUUGGUUUUAUUUUGAAAAUUCCUACCGGAAGCGGAAGUGUUGUUUACCUUUGCGAGGCACUGCUGAAAGAAGGAAGCUGUAAUAUUUGACAGGAUUCUGCAAAGUGAACCCACAUGUGAAGAUGAGUGUCCCAGAUUACAUGCAGUGUGCCGAGGACCACCAGACGGUACUUGUGGUGGUCCAGCCGGUUGGCAUCGUACCCGAGGACCAGUUCUUCAAGAUCUACAAACGUAUCGCCAGCGUGAGCCAGGUGAGCAUCAGAGACUCGCAGCGCCUCCUCUACAUCCGCUACCGUCACCACUACCUGCCUGAAAACAACGACUGGGGGGACUUCCAGACCCACCGCAAGGUAGUGGGCCUCAUCUCCGUCACCACCUGCGGCUCCUCCAAGGAGUGGCCCCAAACCGCCGAGCGCUUCCAUGGCCAGAAGGAGGUGUACAGCUCCACGCUGUAUGACUCGCGGUUGCUGGUGUUUGGGCUGCAGGGAGAUGUCGCAGAGCAGCAGCGCACAGAUGUGGCCUUCUAUCCCAGCUUUGAAGACUGCUCUGAUGUGGAGAAGAGAGUGGAGGACUUUGUGGAGUCCAUUUUUAUUGUUUUGGAGUCCAAACGGUUAGACCGGGCGACGGACAAGUCAGGUGACAAAAUCCCUCUGCUCUGUGUGCCCUUUGAGAAGAAGGAUUUUGUGGGUUUGGACACAGACAGCAGGCAUUAUAAAAAGCGCUGCCAGGGACGGAUGAGGAAGCAUGUUGGGGACUUGUGUCUCCAGGCUAACAUGCUCCAGGAUGCCCUGGUCCACUACCACAUGUCUGUGGAGCUGCUCAGGGGGGUCAAUGACUUCCUCUGGCUGGGUGCUGCGUUGGAGGGUCUGUGCUCAGCCUCUGUCAUAUUCCACUACCCUGGAGGGACCGCGGGGAAGACUGUGGCACGUAAGCCGAGCAUCUCUCAGCCGGCGGAUGCAGGGAAACGCCACAGACCAGGGGCUCAGGAGGUUCUCAUUGAUCCAGGUGCCCUCACGGCCAACGGCAUCAGUGCAGACACCAGCACUGAGAUUGGAAGAGCAAAGAACUGCCUGAGUCCCGAGGACAUCAUCGAGAAGUACAAAGAGGCCAUCUCGUACUACGGAAAGUAUAAGAACGCAGGCGUGAUUGAGCUGGAGGCCUGUGUGAAAGCAGUGAGGGUGCUGGCCAUUCAGAAGAGGGCACGGGAAGCCUCCGAGUUCUUGCAGAACGCUGUUUACAUCAACCUGGGGCAGCUAUCAGAGGAGGAGAAGAUUCAGCGCUACAGCAUCCUGUCGGAGCUCUACGAACUGAUCGGGUUCCAUCGCAAAUCUGCAUUUUUCAAGCGUGUGGCAGCCAUGCAGUGUGUGGCUCCAACCAUCCCCGACCCGGGCUGGAGGGCCUGUUACAAGCUGCUGCUGGAGACUUUACCUGGGUACAGCCUGUCACUGGAUCCUAAAGACUUCAGCAAAGGUACCCACCGAGGCUGGGCUGCUGUUCAGAUGCGCCUCCUGCAUGAGCUGGUGUAUGCCUCCCGCCGCAUGGGCAAUCCCGGCCUGUCUGUUCGCCACCUGUCCUUCCUGCUGCAGACGAUGCUGGACUUCCUGUCGGAUCAAGAAAAGAAAGAAGUGACACAGAGUCUGGAGAACUACACCUCCAAGUGUCCAGGUGGAAUGGAGGUCAUCACCCUGCCUGAUGGACUGAAGCUCCCUCCUGUGCCCUUUACAAAGCUCCCCAUCGUCCGAUCAGUCAAGCUCCUCAAUCUGCCAGUCAGUCUGCGUCCUCACAAAGUGAAAGGCCUGCUGGGACAGAACAUGUCCACCGCCAGCCCCUUCAUCUACUCACCGAUCAUCAUGCACAACAGAGGAGAGGAGCGCUGCAAGAAGAUCGACUUCCAAUGGGUCCAAGGAGAUGUUUGUGAAGUGCAGCUCAUGGUCUACAACCCCAUGCCUUACGAGCUUCGUGUUGAAAACAUGGGUUUGCUGACCUCUGGAGUAGAGUUUGAAUCGCUGCCUGCUGCACUGUCCUUGCCUGCUGAGUCCGGCCUGUACCCUGUCACUCUGGUUGGUGUCCCACGCACAGCUGGCAACAUCACAGUCAACGGUUACCACACGGCAGUGUUUGGUGUGACCAGUGACUGCCUGUUGGAGAGCCUGGUUGGUGUGAAGACCAGCGGCUGUUUGGUGGAAGUGAUUCCUUCACUGCCUCGUCUCCAGCUCAGCACGUCUCUACCACGGUCGGCCCACACGCUCCAGCCCAUGUCCAAAGAGGAGCUGUCCAGCACUGUGUCUGUCCAGCUGUUUAACGGAGAGACCCAGCAGCUCACCAUCACCCUGGAGAACAUCGGAUCUGAGGACAUCGAGUCUCUGGAGGUCUCCUCAAAAACUGUCACCACUAAAGAGAAAGUGUUUGGGGAGUUCCUGAGCUGGGACCUGGAGGAGGCUUUGACUCACCUGCCUCUGAAGCCCGGCCAUGCUGUGACACUGACAGUCAACAUCAAAGUCAAGCUGGAUUUCUCUGGUCAGGAGAAUCUGCUGCAGGACCUCAAUGACGACGGGAUCAGUGUGACGGGCCUGCCCAUCUCCAGUCCACUACGUCAAGUCCUCAAACCCAGGGCCGAGAACAAGACCAUGAGCAGCGAGUCGGGCAAAGCAGAGUACAGCCACGUCAAGACUUUAGAAGCGGUGAUGAACUUCAAGUACUCGGGCGGAGUAGGCAAAGUGGAAGGUUACUACAGGGAGCUGUCUCUGGGAGUCCAUGUGGAUGUGGAGCCAUCUGUUUUCUUCACCAGAGUCAGCACCCUCCCUGCAACCAGCACUCGCCAAUGUCAUCUACUGCUGGACAUUUUCAACCCAACAGAGCAUGAGCUCACUGUCAGCGCCAAGAACAACCAGGACCUGGUUCUCCAUGCCAGCGAGUGCCAGAGGAUGGCCAUCCAGGUUGACAAGUUUGACUUUGAGAGCCUGCCACAGCCCGACCAGGAGACGGCACGCUUCACGAACCCCAAACAGCUGGAGGAGGAGCGACAGCACGCCCAGGGCUGCCAGAUCAACAGCAAGCUGGGCAUCUGCUGGAGCAUCCCUUCUCUGCGGCGCACUGGAGAGGCCAGUGUGGAGGGAGUCCUCAACCAGCUGGUCCUGGAGCACCUGCAGCUUGCUCCUUUGCAGUGGGAUGUGGUGGUGAACGGGAAGCCGUGUGACUGCGACGUCAUUGCCGACUGUAAAGUGGGUGAAGCGGUGAGCCUGGAGGUGAAACUGACCAACCGGAGCAAGAACCCGGUGGGCCCGCUGGCUCUGACUGUGGUGCCGUAUCAGGACUACCAGAACGGAGUCCAGAACUACGAUUUGGAGGAUGCCGUCACGUUCAUCGGCUCCAACACUUUCUACAUUGACACGGUCAAACCUAAAGAAGACUCAGUCUGCGUCGGUGCCCUGCUCUUCCUCUACACUGGAGACUUCUACCUGAAUAUCAAGUUCCAGGAUGACAGUGCUGGACGGGAGCUUCCUUUAGCCUGGUUCACUCUGCCCAGUGUCCACGUCCAAGCCCUGGACACUCCAAUCCAAGCUGGGGCCUGAGGGCCUGCUGCCACCAUAGCUUCAGCUCUGAAUGAAGGAAGGAGAGUUUGUUGACGAUCUCUCUGUAAAGACAAACAUUUAAAUUAUAAUGUGCUUCAAGUUAAAGUUUGAUCUUCCUUUAAAAACAUUCUGUUACAGUUCUUCAGUGUGCCGGUUUGUGCAGAGACACAACCAAAGUUUGAAUUUGAGAAGAAAUGUAAAUCAUAAGUGUACAGACGAGAAUAAAGAGAGACACGAGAGGAAAUGACAUCGACUAGAGACUGUGAUCAGAUCUGUAACCAAUGAUUCACAUAGAUCUUCAUAGUUUCCUUUUACACAGUGAUCAGAAACAGACUGUCCUGUGUGCAAAUGUGUGAAAAUGAAAGAAAUGUGUCAGUCUUUUUAUGUUCUGUAUAAUCAGUCAUUUGACUUUCAUGUUGAGUUCAUCUCUGCAAAAUAAAUCUACAUUAUUGAUAAAUAACCCAGAACAAUGAUGAUAAGGAUCCAUGUGAGAAUGAAUAUAAACCAGCAUUAACCAUCUGAUGUCACAUACACCAAUCAGCCAUAACAUUAUCACUCUCAUGAGGUCAGCCCUGACCCGACAGGACAUGGACUCCUCUAGACCAGGGGUUCCCAAACUUAUCAGCCACGACCCACAAAAUAUAGGUGCCAAAGACUCAUGACCCCCACUGUCCCUCAAAGUGAUUUAAUGUGGCUUCAUUUAGCUGGUCUGCAGAAAAUGACCCUACCUAUAUGAGCAUGUGUCUGUGUUUCCUGUGCUGUUAUGAGUUAACCUGCUGCUACUGAUGCUUUUGAUAAUUAACUGUUCACUAACCCUAAACUUAGGAGUCAUCUGGAAACAAAGAAAGGCAGAAAACUCAUUACACUUUCUAUUUUCAGGGUUUUAUUUCAAGGUUAGCUACUAUUUUUUUCGAUUUUUUUCACUAUAAUGGGUUAAAGGUACUAUUUUUAGAUCACUUAUGUGUCUUGAGAACCCCCAGGGGAUCCGACCCCCGUUUUUGGAACCCCUUGCACCAAGGUCCUUCAAGUCCUGUAAGUUGUGAUUUGAAAGCCUCCAUGGAUCUCACUUGGUUGUCAAGCUCAUCCCACAGAUGCUCGAUUGGAUUGAGAUCUGAGGAAUCUUGAGAUGAAGUCAAGACUUGCAGACCACCUUCUUCAAUUCUGUGGUCCAUUUCUGAUGUUCACCUUCCCAUUGAAGGUGCUUUUGGCACAGGGGUCAGCAUGGACACCCCGACUGGUCAGCCACAUAUGCAACAACUCAAAACACAUUUAUGUCAAACCAGCAAUAACGUUUUUUUUUAGAAUUGGACCACAAGGGCCAGUCUCCACACCCCACUCACAUCAAUGCCCCUUGGCUAACAGUGACCCUGUUGCCCUUCCACUGGUUUCUCUUACUUCGAUCACGUCUGGAGGUGCAGACCAGGAACACCUUUCAAGAGCUGCAGCUUUGGAGAUACUCUCAAUCAAUCAAUCUUUAUUUAUAAAGCGCCAAAUCACAACAAAUGUUCUCCUCAGACUCUUUCCAAACAGAGCAGGUCUAGACCACUCUAUGUCCUAUUAUUAACAAAGACCCAACAUCAACACAGGAUAAGAUCCAGUCCCAUCUUACAGACAGGACUCAGUCUGAUCUCAUCUUAAUCCACCAUGAGCAGAGCACUUUGCAGCAUUUAGCAAGUUACAGUGGCAAGGACAAACUUCCUUUAACAGGCAGAAACCUCCAGCAGGACCAGACUCAUGUUAGACACACAUCUGCUGAGACCGCGUUGGAGAGAGGGAUAGAGGGAGAUGAAGAGAGAGAGAGAGAUGAUAGUGGUGAGACGGAUAGUUGUAGUUGCAGCUACCUACGAGACAAGGGAGCUCAGGGACUCCAGAAAGGCCUAUGGUUAGUAACUUUUAUGGGACAGGAAGAGUUAAAGUGAUAGGGUGUCUUUAGCAGCGUAACUAAGAGCUGGUCCAAGCCUGAUUCUCUCCCUUUAUCAGAAAGGAAAGUUUGAAGCCUACUCUUAAAAGUAGAGAGGGUGUCUGCCUCCUGGACCCUGACUGGUAGAUGAUUCCAAAGGAGAGGUGCCUGAAAACUGAAGGCCCUUAUCAAAGUCACUAACAUCCUUUAUGCUUGACCAUUUUCCCCUCUUCCAACACUUCAACUAAAAGACAAAGGUAUAAUUUACGUCUUUCACAUCAUAGUGUUAUGGCUGAUUGAUGAAAACCUCAAGUGUAGUGUCUUCCCUCUUUCUGCUCACAGUCUUAGUUCCAGAUUGGCUUGCUGGGUUGCUAAUUGCUAGCUUACAAGCUAAAUUGGCACACUUUUUGGAGUUGCUAGUGCUAGCCUGUUGCCAAACCAUCAAUACCCGUUCCAGCAAAUGGAAGCCACAUUAUGAAAAGCAAAUCCUAACAAUGUUCCCCAGCGUACGGCAUCGACUCUCUCCUGCUCUGUAUGUUUCUGAUGAGACUGAACACUUGUAUCACACGUUGUCCGUAUCUUAAGCAAACUCACUGGAAAUCAUGGUGUCAUUUAUUAUGCUGAUUAUCUUGUAAGAGCAGUAAGAGUAUCUGCACACUGACACUGGAAUAUUAUGAUGAGCCAGAACUUAAAGCCUGUUAUUUACUCAUUAAAUGUCUUUAUUUCCACUGCUGUAUGCAGAUUUUGUCUCAAGCACACUGAAUAACUGAGUCUUGUUACUGAUCACUUUGGCUGUCUUAAAGAAGCCUUUUAUUAUGUGUGACAUAUAAUUGCUGUAAAUAAAUGCCAAAGAAGGCAA